UUUGUGUGGGUCUCCGUCCGCUCUCUGGAUACGAAACUGCAGCAUUACUGUAAAUUGUGAUAAUUGAUUUCAAUUUAUUCUAUGCCGUCGGCACCGUGUGUGCGCCGUAGUCGACGACGAUGUUUGAAUCAAAAGCAAAACAUCGCGCGCGUCGUGCAGUUGCGGACUCCACUACAGUCGCAGGAACUGAAAAGGAAGCGAGCAAGAUGCUGCUAUGCCGGGCCUGCCUGGUGCUACUUCGUACCGAGGAUGUGUCCUACGACCUAUGCAGCGAGAAAGGCUUGGCGACCAAAUACUUUGCCUGCACCGGUGGCGACCCGGACAUGCACAUUCAGACGAAGGAAGAGGAACAACUGGUAACGCAGCAGCUGGUGCUGAAAAGCAUCUGCGAAUGUUGCUACCAGUUGGUGCAGAAAUUCCAUGACUUUCAACGCAUGUGCGAAGAGUCCUCCAGGAACUUUGAGAAGCUGCUGGCGGUGGUAAACUCUCAGGAUACCGUCCAUAACUCCAUCCAGGAGCAAGAUGUAACCAACACAACUAGCUCCAUUCUGCCAGAAUAUGAUACUCUUUCGGAAGGCAUACAAUGCGAUGGGGAGGAAGCGACACCCGCAGAAUCAAUCGAAGAUAUUGAGGAAGUGUACAUUAUUGAGGAUGAAAGUGCAAAGAAAAAUCUUGGAAGGGAGAAGAUUCCCAUAUCGUCAAGGCAAAAUGUGCCCGGGCAACGCAAACAGGGACUGAGAUAUACGCUUAACUGCAGCAAAUGCAAUCGGGGCUUCUACAAAAUCGCAUCGCUCGAGGCACAUAUGAAGAAACACGAUGGCAUAGCUCCUCACACGUGCGUGCACUGCGGCAGGAGCUACGCAAGAGCAAACCUCCUUGAAUCACACCUGCGCGAGAAGCACUUGGGCUCCACUCAGAGCAUAACUUAUCCGUGUCCCAGGUGCGAUAAGGUCUACAGAGCUUCGCGCAGUCUGAACUACCACUUCAAGAGGGAACACAAAAGUCAACAGAAGCAGGAGCCCCCAGCCUCUAUGCACAUGUGCGACAGGUGUGGGAAAUCGUAUGCGCGAAAGGCGAACCUUGCACGCCACCAAUGGGUGCACAGGAGCAUGGAUGAGCGCCGUCACGUGUGCCAGUUCUGUGGCCAGCGCUUCUACACGAAGCAAAACAUGGUGGAUCACCUGCAGCGACGACAUACCAGCAGCAAGAGUCUAUUGCGGUGCAAGAAAUGCGGACGCAUCUUCCGGUCUCGAGCGGCCCUGGCCGUACACCGUACAAAAAAGCAUUCGAGUGCCACCACCGGUGGUGCACGGCAGAAACAGGAUCGAUCCUUAGCUCAGAUCGUUAGGGAAUAAGUAGUUAGUAUUUUGUUGUUUUAUUUAUGUGUGGUUUUCAAUAACUUUCAAGCCAACUCAACUAGUUACAAUGAUUUUCGAAUUACUAAAAAUUUAUUAUUAUUACAUUUAGGUAGAUGGAAAAUAAAGGCCUGCAUAGAAUAAUCUUGAGAAAUACUUGCACGAUGAGUGAGUAGGUGUUUUCGGGGAGAGUUGUUUUUUAAAAUUAGCUAACAUUCACAUCAUUGCCGGCGCAGCAUAACCGCAUUAAUCAAAUCAAGUACAAUAUGUAAGUCGGGUGGUAUCGAUUGAUUUGCUAUGCUUGCAUAUCUCAAAAUCAUGUAUAAAAACAAUUAACUAAAAUUUACGCUUAAGCUUAAAAAACGGACAGAUUUAAAAUUACAUCAUUACCAUACCAUGACACAUUCAUAAAUCAGUAAUUUGUUUGAAAAAAUAAUAAUAAUAAACAUCAUCCGAAUAUCUGAUCUGAUCUGUUCUUUCUCUGUCUCUGUCUCUAUCAAUGACAAUGCACAUUUGCCAAACAAAAAUCGUCAGAAACUAUAUGAAGG